AUGUCUCAAUCAUAUGCUAUGCUCAAUUGCUAUGGAUCUUGCUCGGUGUCCGUAGGACGACCUCAGUGGAUGUCAACUCGAAUGACGUUGAGCUCCGCACAGGAAUCUAUGCAAGUAGCCAAUAACAACGAGGAGCUUCGCCUCCGGGCUACAUUCACUGUGCUGCAUAAGCCUGUGGAAGGGCUCUAUGCCAUGAAUGGGGGAGAUGGACCUCAUAGCUAUGCCCAAAACUCAUCCUAUCAGAGAGGAGUAGUAGAUGUAGCAAAACCAAUCAUCCAAGAAGAGAUUACCACGAAACUUGACAUCGAACAAUUGUCUUCGACUAGCCAAUACCACUUUAGCAUUGCGGAUUUCGGCUGCUCCACAGGACACAAUUCAUUUCCUGCCAUUCAUAUCAUUAUCGAAGCCAUUGAGAAAAAAAUUGAAAGAGAGAGACGGAAGUUUGAGAUCCCCGAUUAUCAAGUGUUUUUCAAUGAUCAAGUGAUGAAUGAUUUUAACACCCUUUUUGCUUCACUUCCACCCGAGAGACAGUACUCUGCAGCUGGAGUGCCCGGUCCCUUUCACGAUCGCCUAUUACCCAAGGCUUCCCUUCAUUUUGCUUAUUCAUCAUGUGCACUAAACUGGCUGUCGGAGGUGCCCAAAGCAGUACAAGAUAGCACAUCUUGUGCAUGGAACGAAGGAAAAGUACAUUAUAUGGGUGCUAAAAAGGAAGUUUUCGAUGCCUAUUCCAAUCAAUAUGAAAAGGACAUUACAUCUUUCUUGAAUGCAAGGGCAAUCGAGGUGGUGAGUGGAGGGCUAAUGGCCCUUCUUGUUCCUGCUGUCCCAACUUUCGACCACUCUGAGACUACAUACACUACCCCGACAGAGAUGGCUCUCUUGGGAUCUUGCCUCAUGGACAUGGCUAACGAGGGAACACUUAGCAAAGCGAAAGUAGAUUCGUUCAACUUUCCUUUGUACUUCACAAUCCCAAAUGAAUUGAAGGCCAUAAUCGAAAGGAACAAUAAUUUCAGUAUAGAAAGAAUGGAGAUAUUGAACAACCCUGGUAAACAACGUUUACGCAGUGCCAAAGAGCGCGCCUCAUAUCUCAGGGCUGUCUUUGAGGGAUUGCUGGUCAAUCACUUAGGAAGUGGAAUCAUGGAUGAAUUGUUCGAGCGUUAUGCUAACAAACUUGAAGAGUCGUCCCAUUUCUUAGACCCUGACAACGAGAAAUCAAUCAUAAUAUUUGUCCUGCUCAAGCGAACGGUUCAAGAAGAGGAAGAGAUACCUAUUGAAUGUGAGUUGAUUGAUUCCGAUAAUGAGGUUAACGAUGAUGAUUUCCACUAUGAUAAGAAUGCAUCCAAGCAUAUUGAGAGUGGAUUACAUGUAGACCCUGCACUUGAACUUGAUGUUGGAGGGGAAGAAGAGAAAGGUUCUGACGAGUUAGAUUGCCCAACAAUAGCUUAUCUUACUAGUAGUCUCUUAUCUUCUCCUCUGAGGGAAAUGAAGGCUAAUGCAGCAGUGAUUUACGUUCCUUCUCCUUUUGCGGCUCAAGCUAUUAUGGAGGCUAAGCUAUAUUUGGCUGUUUGCAUCGCUGAGGGAAUCCCUCAGCAUGACAUGAAAACAGACCUGAUACUACUAUCCUAUCACAAUGUAGCAUGUUUUAAAACCCAAUGGAAGAUUGAUGAAUUGCGUUCCGAGUUACCGAAUAAAGAGCAUCUUACAUGUGAGAAUGUGUGA